GCUGCGAGGCAGCUGCAGCCCCGGGUCCCUGGAGGGAGGGAUCUGCGCGCCGAGUCUGUGGGAGAGAAACAGGUCGGGGGCGGAGGAGGCUGAGUGAAAAGAGACGGGUGAAGGAGGAGGGCGGGAGCGCGGUGCACGGGGGAAGAGAGAACAGCAAAGCUGGUUAAUUGCCACAACCUGCAGCAGGAGAAGCAGCAGCCGCCGGCGGUGCCCUGUCUUCCCCGCUCUCCCCAGCCUGGCGGGGGAGAGCCCUGCUGUGGGGGGUGAUGGAGCAGCAUGGGCACCCUUCCUAUAGUACCCGCAGCCCUGCCUGGGAGGAACUGGAGUCCGAGAAGAUGGCCGGGGCCGAGGCGAGGAUGAGCGGGGCCGGGAUCCAGCAGCAGCCCCAGCCCCCGGCGGCGGCGGGAGACGAGUCCUCGGACAGCGAGGGGGAGCACGAGGGCCCCCAGAAACUCAUCCGGAAAGUGUCCACCUCGGGCCAGAUCCGCAGCAAGACAAGUAUAAAGGAAGGGUUACUAUUGAAGCAAACAAGUUCUUUUCAGCGGUGGAAAAAACGUUAUUUCAAACUUCGAGGCCGUACCCUUUACUAUGCCAAGGAUUCAAAGUCUCUAAUAUUUGAUGAAGUUGACCUGUCAGAUGCCAGUGUAGCUGAAUCGAGCACAAAAAAUGUCAACAACAGCUUCACGAUAAUCACUCCAUUCCGGAGGCUAAUAUUGUGUGCUGAGAACAGAAAAGAGAUGGAGGACUGGAUCAGCUCACUGAAGUCUGUACAGUCUAGAGAACAUUAUGAGACCGCACAGUUUAAUGUGGAACAUUUCUCAGGGAUGCAUAACUGGUACGCCUGCUCCCAUGCCCGACCUACCUUCUGUAAUGUGUGCAGAGAAAGCCUCUCUGGAGUUACUUCUCAUGGCCUGUCUUGUGAAGUGUGUAAAUUUAAAGCACAUAAAAGGUGUGCAGUCAGGGCAACAAAUAAUUGCAAGUGGACUACGUUAGCCUCUAUUGGGAAAGAUAUCAUUGAGGACGAAGACGGUAUAGCUAUGCCUCACCAAUGGUUAGAGGGUAAUUUGCCUGUUAGUGCCAAAUGUGCAGUCUGCGACAAGACCUGUGGCAGCGUUUUACGCCUCCAAGAUUGGAAGUGCCUCUGGUGUAAAGCUAUGGUUCACACUGCCUGUAAAGAUCUGUAUCCUCAUAAAUGUCCGCUUGGACAAUGUAAGGUAUCCAUCAUACCUCCAACAGCACUCAACAGCAUAGAUUCUGAUGGAUUCUGGAAAGCCACAUGCCCGCCAUCCUGUGCCAGUCCUCUUUUAGUUUUUGUUAACUCAAAGAGUGGAGACAAUCAGGGAGUAAAGUUUCUUCGUCGAUUCAAACAGUCGCUAAAUCCAGCUCAGGUGUUUGAUUUAAUGAAUGGAGGACCUCAUUUAGGUUUACGGUUAUUUCAGAAGUUUGACAAUUUCCGGAUUCUUGUAUGUGGUGGAGAUGGAAGCGUUGGUUGGGUUUUGUCAGAAAUUGAUAAACUCAGCUUGCACAAACAGGCAAGUUGUCAGCUGGGAGUGCUUCCCCUUGGUACUGGAAAUGAUCUUGCCCGUGUCCUUGGUUGGGGAGGGUCAUGUGAUGAUGACACACAACUUCCUCAGAUUUUGGAAAAGUUAGAACGAGCCAGCACUAAAAUGCUGGACAGAUGGAGUAUAAUGUCAUAUGAACUGAAAUUACCAUCAAAGCCUUCUAUUCUUCAAGUUACUCCAGAAGAGGAAUCUGGGGAAUGUCAGAUAUCUGCUUAUGAGGAUUCAGUUGCUGCUCAUCUCACAAAAAUCCUCAAUUCUGAUCAACACUCAGUUGUCAUAUCAUCUGCCAAGAUAUUAUGUGAAACUGUAAAGGACUUUGUAUCCAAAAUAGGGAAGACCUAUGAAAAAACAAUGGAAAAUGCAGAGGAAGCAGAUACCAUGGCCAUUAAAUGUUCAGAAUUAAAUGAGAAGUUAGACCUAUUGCUCCAGGCUCUUCACACUGAAGCCCAGGCUACUCCCAUCCUACCACGGAUCACUCCCCCCAUUGUAGAGGAAGAAGUUGAGGAGUUUUCAAGUGAAGAAUCCUUGUCUGAAAGCAAGGAACAGUUAACAGACAGCAUUGCAAAGUCUUCCACUCAGAAAAUCUUCAAACCAAGAGAACAGUUAAUGCUGCGGGCAAACAGUUUAAAGAAGGCAGUGAGGCAAAUCAUUGAACAAGCAGAAAAAGUUGUGGAUGAACAGAAUGCUCACACUGAAGAACAAGUGAACCAAUCCCCUAUAGAAUAUAGUAAGGAAUUGGAUGAAUCCAAAGAAGAAGAAAAAGAGGAAGAUACAAAGGAAUAUGAAUCUCCGACAAUUAAAACUGCACCAAAAUCUCCAGAUCGACAUACAAGUCGGGGCAUCCCCUCUCAUACUGGCUCUUUCUCUGCCCCAGCUGUGGCAGCCAGCAAAGAAAACCUCCCUGUACUUAACACCAGGAUAAUCUGCCCAGGUUUAAGAGCUGGAUUAGCUGCCUCCAUUGCGGGGAGUUCUAUUAUCAGCAAAAUGUUACUUGCAAACAUUGAUCCAUUUGGUGCUACCCCAUUUAUUGACCCUGAUCCAGAUUCACUGGAAGGAUAUUCAGAAAAAUGUGUCAUGAACAACUACUUUGGAAUUGGAUUAGAUGCAAAAAUUUCAUUAGAAUUUAAUAACAAGCGAGAGGAACACCCUGAAAAGUGCCGAAGCCGGACAAAGAACAUGAUGUGGUAUGGGGUGCUUGGUACCAAAGAAUUACUGCAAAGAACCUAUAAGAACUUAGAACAAAAAGUUCAGCUUGAGUGUGAUGGACAAUACAUCCCCCUCCCCAGUCUUCAAGGCAUAGCUGUGCUAAACAUUCCAAGCUAUGCUGGUGGGACUAAUUUCUGGGGUGGAACCAAAGAGGAUGAUAUAUUUGGAGCACCAUCAUUUGAUGACAAAAUCUUAGAAGUUGUUGCGGUAUUUGGCAGCAUGCAGAUGGCAGUUUCAAGAGUCAUCAAAUUGCAGCACCACAGAAUAGCUCAGUGUCGGUCAGUAAAGAUCACCAUACUUGGAGAUGAAGGGGUUCCAGUGCAAGUAGACGGAGAGGCAUGGAUCCAGCCUCCAGGAGUUAUUAAAAUUGUGCAUAAAAACAGAGCUCAGAUGCUAACACGAGACAGAGCUUUUGAAAAUACCCUAAAGUCUUGGGAAGACAAACAGAAGUAUGAUUCCUGCAAACCUGUCCUCCGAUCUCACUUGUACCCUCAACAGGCUGUUGAGUUGGCUACGGAAGAAGAAGUUGCACAGAUCCAGCUGUGUUCACAAGCCGCAGAAGAACUUAUUACCAGAAUCUGUGAAGCCGCAAAAAUACACAACCUGUUGGAACAGGAGCUGGCUCAUGCUGUCAAUGCGUGUUCACAUGCAUUAAAUAAAGCCAAUCCAAGGUUUCCUGAGAGUCUUACCAGAAAUACUGCCAUUGAAAUAGCUGUCAAUGUGAAGGCACUACAUAAUGAAACUGAAUCUCUUCUAGUAGGAAGGGUUCCUUUGCAAUUGGAUCCUCCCCAUGAAGAGCUGCUGUCUGAUGCAUUACACAGUGUGGAGAUUGAAUUGAGAAAACUUGCUGAGAUUCCAUGGCUUUAUUAUGUUUUCCAGCCAAAUGAUGAUGAGGAUCCCCCUCUGGAUUAUUCUAAGAGAAACAACAGAAGUACAGUGUUUCGCAUAGUGCCAAAAUUUAAAAAGGAAAAAGUCCAAAAGCAUAAGAGCAGCCCUCAGCCUGUUCAAAAAUGGGGCACAGAUGAAGUUGCUGCUUGGCUGGAUCUGCUCAGUUUGGGAGAGUACAAAGAAAUCUUCAUCAGCCAUGACAUCCGAGGCUCUGAGCUUUUACAUCUGGAAAGGCGAGAUCUUAAGGACCUGGGGAUAACGAAAGUGGGUCAUAUGAAGCGAAUUCUCCAGGGAAUUAAAGAGCUUGGCAAGAACGCUCCCUUGUCCGAAGUGUAACUAUACUGGUGCUAUCCUUGGAAGGAGGGAGAAUUGCUAGUUAGCAAAGUGGAGGCACUUUACUGGUUUGUAGUUUACUAUAUGGUUGGAUAAGCACUGGUGUACUAUGCAGGUUAAUAUAUCUGCAUUCUUGUGUGGUGAAGAGCUUGAUCUGAGAAUCUGAAUGGUUUUGUGCCAAAAAAAAAAAAAAAAAAAAAAAAGUUAUGUUCAGUGAAGACCUUUUCUUAGUGUGCAAACUUGGCAAGUUCAAGUGAGCACAUUUUGGUAAAGAGGUUGGUAUAUAGUGAACUGCAUUGCCUGGAAAAUGUAAUUAAGUAAUGAUCGCUUUCCUUACGUAUGGCCCAGUACAGCUCUCUUACAAUGCAGCAACGUAUCACUGUAGAGCCUGAGGUUGCCUGGUUAACUUUCUGAAGCACAGCUUCCCUAAAACAUUUUGUACAGAAGACUGAGAGAUGGAAUGUUCCUGGUUUUGCUCGCAAGACUGACAUUGCCUCAGGUACUUAGCACUCAUUGGCCAAGGAGUAUGGUUACAGACAGCAUGAAUGCAAACUAUAAUGCAUGGUGUACCUAUCUGAAUCGUCUGUCUUUCUGUUGCAUGACAUAUCUGAUACUUUGAACACUUGAACAAUUUUUAUAUCGGUUUUAAUAAGAUUUAAUUUAUUACUACUUGUGUGUCUUUUAUUUGGUUACAGGCACUUUUCUAUUCUUCAGUGUUGUAUUUUACCUGAACAUGUUCUGUGGCAAAGACUUGUGGAUGUGAACACUUAGCAUCUGUGCCAUAUUUAGCAAAUGAUGUGCAUUGUAUAUAAUUGACACAUUCUAUAGUUCAGUUUUUAAAUUACCCAUGUUGAGUAGGUAUAUCAGGUAAUUAACUCCUGAGUGUUUUGGAGUGACAGGUACCUCACAAAAUUAUCAAUCAGCUUCCCAAAUGGAAAAUUAUCAGAGAGCUUUCUUAUGGCGCAUUUUAAUAUAGCUAGUCAGUUACCUUGAAUAUCUGUUGCAUAUCUGAACUUUAGGCGUUACUCAUUUUAUUUGUUAUGCAAAAAGAGGAUUAAAAAGGUUAGUGAAAUGUUUUUUUAAAAGCCAGAAGUAAUUUAAUGUUGUUUACUAUGUGUAUAAAAUGUUUUAAUGUUACAGCUGAUUUGAUUUUGUGAGGUAAACUUCCCCAGUCUGAUAUAAGAACUUAGCCAUGUGCACCAUUUUAAUAUUGUUUUUUAAAGAUUCGUUAAAUACCAAAACAAUGUACGCAUCUACUCCACAUAUCUAUAUUCAGUCUGUUUCUUACCAGUACUACUGCACUGGUAAAUCAUACAUAUUUAGUAAAAAUGGUAAUCCUUUCCCAAGUAUUGUACACUAUGCAUGCUUAGGUAAAUCACAUGCAAAACAAUAAUACAGAGUGUAAACAGGUUCAUUUAGAAUUACUCCGAUGCUAAACAUUUCAUUACGACAGGCUUUAUGAAAUUCAGUUGGGGUGCAUCUAAACAAGAAAUAGAUUUAUAAUUAAGUGAGUUCCCAGAUAAUUUUUCAUCAAGUAUUUAUCUAAUGGGUAAAGAAUUUAAAUAUCUCUGGAAGUAAAAACUACAGUAAAACUACUUAAAUAAUUAGGAUAUCUUGAUGUUUCACAGCUUGGGUAUAGUUACACGGUAAAGUCUUCUUUAUACUGAAAACUUAUAUCAGCAUAACUGUGUCUCUCAGGGAUGUGCAAAAUCCGCAGCCCUGCAAGACUUAACUAUGCCGACUUAAUCCCUAGUGUAGACAGUGCUAGGCUGACGGAAGAAUUCUUCUGUCAACCUAGCUAUCGCCUCUCAGGGGGGUGGAUUAACUAUAGCAACAGAAGAACCACUCCUGUCACUGUAGGGAGGGUCUACACUGAAGUGCUACAGUAACACCUGUAGCCUUUUAAGUGUAGACAUACCCUAAAUGAGCUUGUAUAAAAUGGAUACCUCCUUGCCAUUUGCAAGAAUGCAGCAUGCCAGCUAAAGAGGCAAGGCUUUUACUAAUCAUAGAUCCUGCUUUUCAACAGCAGAGGCUUUGUCAACUCUUAAUGGUUAAAGAGUAGGUUAAUAUAUUAUUCCUUUCUAAUAUUUGAACAGACUUUCAUUUGGUUUAAAAAAGUUUGUUUCCCACAUGUUUUAAAGGGAAAAGUGUCAAGUGUUAGGUCCUAACUUUGACCUAUCUUUCUCAUUUGGUAGGGGUUGUCCCCUGGAAGGUAAAUGUCUUCUUUAAGUUUUUUUUCUAACAUCCUUCACCACUCUUGCCAAGAAAUUUUAAUUAAAAAAAAAAAAUAGCUCAAGUCUGUCUGUCUCAAGCGCCAUGUGCUGUAGAGUAAAUAAAAGGACGCAGUUCCGAGAAUUGUGCUGACAUAACUGAUUAUGCUGGUAAACAAACAAAAGAAAAAAGCUAUGUUCCAUUAGGUUUUCAGCAAAAACCAAACCAAAACAAAACCUGUUUGCCAAGUGCAUUAUUUUCAAGCUGUUGUCCUAAAAAGGUAUGCAAACAAUAGAGAGUUUUAAAAAUGUACUUGACACUGACCCUUUAAUUAUGUUCAGAUGACAUCUGUUAUGUCUCCAUAAGCCAUCUUUCCCUUCUCUCCCAGCUUCUCUGUAAGCUACAGUGUGUACAUUUUAAUGUGUGGCAGCAUUCUAAUUUGUGGGUGUUCUGAUAGAAUAUAUAAUUAAUCUUGCUAGUAAACUCAAGAUUAUAAUUUCCUAGUCAUAGGAUGAAUUAUCUCUAACAUACCCACUGUCUCACUAAACAAUGCAUAGAAUUGGGCAUAUGCAGCAGAAUUUCUUUAGUCUUCUUUCUCAAUUUCUGUGUAGUCUUCAGUGACUGCCUCUGGAAAGGGUAAACUCCUUUUGGACGGGAAAAUGUAUUAUUAAUAAUUCCUCUUUGUUAUAACACUCCUAAAAUUACCUCAGGAUAGGGCAACUUUUCAGCUGUUGUCUUUCUAUCAGUAAUCCAGGUUUUUUAAAUGACUGCCAAAGAAUUUAACAUCAGUUAUGUAAGUGGAAGUUUUUUUAAUGUACAAGUAGACUAAGUAUUUCAGACUUUAUUUAUACUUUAUUUGUCCAGGAGAGGUCCAGGAGAGCAAAUUUUAUAGGAAACUAUGACUUAAAAAUGUAUUUCAUAUCAGUUCCAAAUGCAUUGAUGAGUAGAACAAAAAUAACUAAGGAAUCUUUUUACUGAAGGCAUAAGUCUAUAAUGUUGUUUACCUAUGUCGAUUUUCUGCAGGAAGUACUUUUUAAACACAAUGUUACUAAUUUAUGAUUUUAUAGCAACUUUUGAAAUAUUUAGUGUUUUUUGUUAAAGCCCCAGCUCCUGGAGUCCUUUUUUUUAAGUGAAUUUCAGGUCCUCAUGGCUAUGGAGAAAAGGUUGAAAACAUGUACUCAAAGGGCUCAGAAAGCAGAAGGAAAAUGAAGAGAUUCCCCAAAACUAUUAUUUUUUAAAAACUCAAUUUUUUUUACCAAUAUGAUUUUGGGGGGAUCUGACUCAUGACAGUUGAAAUCUUGUGUCAGGUAAUACUAUAACCAAAAAAGUAAAAAUAAAACCCCACUGGAGGAAACAAAAACAUGAUUUAAUACACUUAAGAUGACUCUUCUGCUUCUAAAUGUAGACAACUCUCUUCUGCCCCAUUGCAAAAUAUGUGCAAGGCAAAACAGAGCAGUUGUUAUUAAAAUGGAAGUGAGAGUAUUUGUUCAGAUGACCUGGCUAUACUACUUAGAAGGAGGAAAGGGAGACAUGCAUGUUAAAACGGUAGUAGAUUGUCAUGGGCAGAUAUAUUAUCUUAAAAUCAGGGUUUGUUUUUUGUAUAAUGUUUUCUACUUUCUUGCAUUCAACUAUUGUAACAACCACUUUUUCAGAUGGUACAUGUGCUGCCUUUAUAAUACAAAAUGCCUUCUUUAAAAAAGUCUGUUGAAAUCACAAAUGCAAAUGGUAUUCGUUUUUACGGUAUUGUAAGGGGGGAAAUAUGUGCAAAAAUGUGAAAUUGUUAUAUUUUUUUCUUUUCACUAUAUUUUUGUGCAUUUUCCCCUUUCUACUUUUUUCAUGUAAAACCCUCCCCCUGCCCCCCAUCUACUCCCCAGUACACUUCUGUUUAAAAGGAAAAGAUUUUACACUUAAGGGGGAAGAGAAAAUCAGUAAUAAAAAAACCCCAGCUGAACUGUGUCUAUUUCAACAUAAUAGUUCUCUCAGCCUCUUGUGCUCUGGAGAAGGAGUAUCAUUAUAGCUAAUGUGCACUAAAACGUAUCAUUUUAAUGCAAACAAGAAUUAUUAUUUUCAAAUAUAAUGCUCCUAUUCCAUUUUUGUGGAUUUCUCUGCAUUCUCUGAUAUUUUGUCUAUACAAAUAUGUAAUCUGCCAGUUUAUACUUUUUAACUGGAUUAAAUAAUGCCAAUUCACCUUAUGAAAACUGCACACUACCCACAUGAGACAUGUACUUUUUUUCACAAGGUAUCCUGGUAAAGAUUGUCUGUGUUCUGUCAUUGUAUCAUAGCCCUGCCUUCUGGCAGGUUGACAGAUAACCAGUUUCACACUGAAUGGUAAAUUAAUAUAUAAACCCAGACAUAACAGAAAGUACAGUAGUGUUACUUUCAAAAAUGUAUUUAAGAAAAUAUAUUGUACAUAGAUAAUGCCAAUUGGACAUGAAAGACAAAAAGGAAAGAGAAUCUAUUUUGCUUGAUUCCUAAUGUUUAUGAUUGCACUAUUAAUGUUUACCACUGUUUAUUCAUAGCUAUAUCUGUACCUCUAAGUAUUAGGCUCCUUCAUUUGUUUGACAGUUCUGGUAACUAGUAACUAGUGGUGUAAAAAGUGUUGAUAUUUGUCAAAGUUUCAGUUAUGUGAGAUAUAUAUAUUGUUGAGGAUAAAUGAGUUGGAGUAAUAUAUUUAUCUUACAACCAGGGAAUUAGCUGAUCAUUCAUGGGUGAGUAAUUCAAAGCCACAGAGAGUUAUAUGGAGUUUUUCUCCUUUCUCCCAAGUAGGAUAAAUAUCUCACUACUGCAUUAUACUGUGUUACAUUUAUACAACAAGAUCCUCCUUUUGCUGAUUCUUUACUAACAGGUUAUAAAUUUGGGGGUAUGAUUUUUAUAUCAAAAUGCUGCUCAUUUAAGCUGCAAAGAUUUUAAUGUUUUCAGGAAUUGUACAUGACUAUAUUGUUGGCUUGAGUAAAAUAAUUAGCUGGUUUUUUUGGUGACUUGAGAUAAUUGAGGAGUUUGGGUAGGAAUUAAAAUUUGGCUGGUAUACUUUUAUAGAUAAAAACCUGAUACUGCUAUCAGCAAUGUUGAUAAUAUUAUAAAGUAUCACUUGAUAAUCAUCAAUAGAAGGUCUUCACCGGUUGUAUAAAUUUGUGUAUUUAUCUAUCUAUGGGAUAUAGUGUGGAAUUGGAUAUUUUAUACAAAAAUGCAUUUUCUAGUUCUUUUCUACUGCUGUUGUGUUAUGUUUAAUAGCUCUGUUAAUGGUUUGCUUAUGUACUUGAAAUGCUCAUUUCUGCCAUACAGAAGCCCAGUUUAUUUCUCAGAAAUUAUAUUGCACGUGGAAAGCUUCCCAUCUUUACUCUCACAAAAGAUUUUCUAGAAUUCCCAGGUCCAACCCUGCAACCCACUGAAGUCAGUGACAAAACUCCCAUUAAUUUCAGUAGGAAUAAGAAGAGGCUCCUAUUCUUCUUUUGAAUUAUUGAAUUACAGGCUGUAACAGUAGGCACUUAAGUACAAAUUCAUUUAUUUUAAAAAUGAAUGUGGUAAAGGACAAAACAGCCAAAAAAGGAGAAGUAAAACCAUCAGAAAUGUAGGAUUUUAAUAUUUCCAGCACUUACAGGCAGGUUUCACCAAGUCUUAAACUUUCAUGUGUAUUGCUAUGCUAAAUUUUACAACAAAAGAUGUAUUUCAUCCAUUCACAGCCCAGAAAAAUAGAACAUUAUCACCCUCAUCAAUGACAUUCAAACACUUAACAUCCUUGGCUAAAUUGGCAAAAAUGCUGACUUUUGUGCACCUAAGUGAUCGUGCAGUUGUGCUUUAAUAUUUCCAACAAGUAGGGUGCUUAAACACAAUGGGCCAGAUUUUCAAAAGUCCUGAGCUCCCGCUUAGGCUAUGUCUACACUACCACGAUAAGUCAACCUAGACUAUGCAACUCCAGCUAUGUGAAUAACGAAAUUCUCCUGUCGACCUACCUUACUC